UUCAGUAUUGUCUCUUAAAGUAUCAGGAUUUCUUCAUUUUCGGAAUUAGCCUGAAAAAAUUAUAUUUUUUUGCCGAUUGUCGAUUAAACGAUAAGUCACGCGAGAAAUUUAUCAUUUUUUUUUCUCUUUAUACACGCGAGAAAAAAAGAUAUUUUCCCGUGUUUUUUAAAAAAAAAAGUGUUCAUCUCAAAGUUAAAUUUUCAAAUAUUUCAACUGGAUUUGAAAAUCAUUUUUUUUUUUUUUCUAUUUUCAAAUAAAAAAUAAGUGUUAAUUUUUUGUUUUUAAUCAUACAAAAUAUAAUAUGUAGAUUAAAAAGUAUAUUAAUAAAAUUAUAACAAUGGAAAAAAGGGAAUAAGUGUUUAAAAAAAAAUUCAUUAAAUGAAUUUAAAAGAAACAUUCGAAUUUCAUGGAAAUUAAAAGAAGCCCGAAGAAUUUUUCUGAGCGGAUUAAGGAAAGUAAUAUUGAAAUCGAGAGUGCGAGCGCAAAUCUUGAAAUUCAUUUUUUUUCAGUUAAUUAAAAAACAAAAAAAAAAAAUAUGCCUUUAAAAUAUAAUUUUAAUUUUUAUACAUUUUACAAAUGUGAUUUUUAUAGUCAAUCGCGUGUGUGUGAUAGUUAAAAUAAAUUUAAAAAAAAAAAAAAAAUUUCCCAUCGCAAAAAAAAAAAAUUGAUUUUUGUGAAAAUGCCACCACAAGAAAUUUUCGGUAUACCCGAUUCGGAACAUGUGUCAAAAACUGAAAUAUGUGAUAAUUUCACUGUAAAUAAUCAAUGUCGAAUAUCGACAAUUAGUCAAAAUUUAUCAGUGAAAAAUAAUGAAAAAAUCACUAAUAGUGAAAAUAAAAAACAAAAGGACAUGGAUUUUGAUGAAUUAUUACCGUACGUUGGUGAAUUUGGAUUUUAUCAAAAAAUUUUAUUUCUUCUUAUGAUACCAUUUACAUUUUUUGUCGCAUGGGUGUAUUUUUCACAAAUUUUCAUUACAUUAGUACCAGAGGAACAUUGGUGUAAAAUACCGGAACUCGAAAAUCUCACAAUGGAAGAAAGAGUAGCAUUGGCCAUACCUCGGGAUCAUCAUGGUGAUCACAUAACACAUUCGAAAUGUUCCAUGUAUGACGUAAAUUACACGGAGAUUUUGGAAAAAGGAAUAAUUGUCGCCGAUCCAAAUUGGAAUAUCACACAUUGCAAACAUGGAUGGGAAUUCAAUUAUACAGUCAUACCUUAUUCCACCGUUGCAACCGAGUUGGAAUGGGUUUGCGAUAAUGCAGCUCUGCCAAGUUCAGCGCAAAGUAUAUUUUUUGUUGGUGCAAUUUUUGGUGGUCUAAUAUUUGGAUGGAUUGCUGAUCGAUAUGGAAGAAUUCCAGCAUUAGUUGGUGCAAAUCUCGUUGGAUUUUUGGCAGGAGUUGCGACAGCAUUUUCAACAACAUUUUGGGAAUUUGCAGUGUGUCGAUUUUUAUUUGGUUUUGCAUUCGAUAAUUGUUUCACAAUGAUGUACAUUUUAGUGUUGGAAUAUGUGGGACCAAAAUGGAGGACAUUUGUCGCGAAUAUGUCAAUUGCAUUAUUUUUCACAUUUGCCGCAUGUUUAUUGCCAUGGAUAGCAUAUUUUUUGGCUGAUUGGAGAAUGACAUCAUUGGUGACAUCAAUUCCAUUAAUUUUGGCAAUAGCUGCACCAUGGUUGGUACCUGAAAGUGCCCGAUGGAUUGUGAGUCAAGGAAAAAUUGAUAAAGCCAUUGGAAUAUUGAAAAAAUUUGAAAAAAUCAAUGGUACCAAAGUACCUGACGAUAUUUACGAUGAAUUUAGGGAAUCAUGUGCGAGAAUACAAAAGGAAGAGGAAACAGGAAAAUCAUAUUCAGUUUUGGAUCUUUUUAGAACACCACGUCUUCGUAAUAUUACGUUACUUCUCAUUCUAAUUUGGAUGAUGAUAUCGUUGGUUUUCGAUGGUCACGUGAGAAAUGUGAAUAAUCUCGGGCUUGACGUUUUUGUCACGUUCACUAUCGCAGCAGCAACGGAACUUCCGGCGGAUACGCUUCUCACCCUAGUUUUAGAUAGAUGGGGUCGACGGUGGUUGGCUUGUGGCUCUAUGGUUAUAUCAGGCAUUUUUAGCGUUUGGGCUUGUACUGUUUCCGAUCAUAUUUAUGCGGCAACUUUGGCAAUUAUGGGAAGAUUCUUUGUUAAUAUAUCGUAUAAUAUUGGCUUACAAUAUGCAGCUGAAUUAUUACCAACUGUCGUUAGGGCACAAGGUGUUGCAUUGAUUCAUAUAAUGGGUUAUGUUGCAAGUAUUGCUGCACCAUUUGUUGUUUAUUUGGAUUUUUUAUCACCUGUAUUACCUUUACUUGUUCUUGGAACAUUGGGAAUUUUAGGUGGAAUUCUUUCGCUUCUUUUGCCAGAAACCCUUGAUAAGGAUCUACCACAAACACUUCAGGAUGGCGAGGACUUUGGAAAAGAUCAAGGCAUUUGGGAUAUGCCAUGCUUAAUAAAAAAAGCGGAAGAUGAGGAAACGCCUUUACCACCAAUGAAAAGAGCCAUUGAAAGAGCUUCAAUUCGAGCAUCAAUGAGAGCUUCACUACGCGGUGAAACUUUAAGAAGCAGUAUGAUACAAAGAUCAAGUGUGAGGUCACGAAAAAGUCUCAAUUCUCCAAUAAUUGAGGUAGCAAGAUUAUAAUACUAUAUAUAAAAAAAGGAACUUAUUUUUGGAAAAAAAAAUAUUGAUUUUUUUUUGAAACUGCUUUUUUUAUAUAUUAUGUGCUGUAUAUAAUUUCUAAAUAUGUAAAUUAAGAAUGAAGAAAGCAUGACGAUGGUAUUUUUACAUAAAAGAAUUUUAUAAUUAGUAAUAAUUUUUUUUUUAUUGUUAAAUGAUCUGGAUUUUUUUUCUAUAUCUAUAUAAUGAGCUGUGACGUGUGCAUUUGAAAGCGAAGGACACAAUGCUCAUUUAAGUCUUAAUAAUAAUGGACAAUUUUAAAUCACGCAAGGCCAAAAUUGUAAUAAUGUGUUUGAAUUUUUAAUUCUCCCAUUAUAGAUUCAUUACAAGAAAAAAAAACUAUUUCAAUUUUUGGAAUUAUAAAAUUUUAAAAACUUGAAAAAAUAGUCAAAAAUUCAGCAAAAAAAUUUUUCAACGGAACAAACAAAUAAAUUUUCAAAAAAAAAAAAUUAAAAGAAAAUUAAGAAUAACAAAUAAUUUUUGAUAAAAAAAAUUUUUUUUUUUUUGAUUUAAAUCUUGCCAUAUAAAAAAACGCAUAAUUUUUUUUUAAUAAUAAAAAAUUACCAUUGAAAAAAUUUGAGAGUCAUUAACUUUGGUUUUUUUUUCCAAUAAUUUUAGAAUAAUUUAAUAUUAGAUAAAAAAAUGUAUAGACUGUAAAUAAGUGAAAUUAUGUUAUUAAAUUUGCGUUUAAUUUAAAUAUGUUCAUAAAUAUAAAAGAAAUUAUUUUUUAAGUAAUAGAUUAAUUAAUAAAAAUUUACCAAUUAAAAAAAAAAAAGAAAAAAAUGACUGCAGUAUAAGGGAAAAGAAAAGAUUAUUAAAGCUUUUAUUUUGCACACAUGUGAAGGAGUAUAAACUCCACAUUUGUGAUCUGUAUAUUAUAAUAUUAAUUUUUGUAUAAACAUUUUACACAAAUAAAAUUAAUUGACAAUGA